GUUUGAUCAAAGUAUUUCCUAGAAUGAUACUGUUAAAGAAGUCAAUUCAUAUCCUACCACCUCUAGAUGGUUCACUUCAUAAGGGUCAAUCUGGUCGGGUGGGUGUAGUAGGUGGCUCAAGAGAUUAUACUGGCGCACCUUUCUUUUCGAGUUAUGCUGCACUUCGAUUAGGAGCCGAUCUAUCACACGUAAUAUGUGAUCCAAUAGCAUCAACCGUGAUAAAAACUUAUUCACCAGAUUUAAUAGUUCAUAGUUUUCUUUCAUCAUCAAAAGAUCAAUCACUUUAUAAAACUCAUCAAGAUGAAUUUAAAGAAUUGAUUUCUAGAUUACAUGUUUUAGUUAUCGGACCUGGUUUAGGUAGAGAUCAAGAAAUGCAAGAUUGGGCUAAAUUCGCUAUUGAGAUUUGUAAAGAAUUAAACCUUUUUAUCGUCUUGGAUGCUGAUGCACUUUGGCUUAUUCAAUCUGAUCCUGAUAUAAUUCGAAAUUAUAAAAAAGCAAUCUUAACACCAAACCACGUAGAAUUUCAAAGAUUAUUGAAAUCUUGUUCAAUUGAAACCACUGAUCAUCAAUCAGAAACCGAUUUAGCCAAAAGACUAUCAAAAUCUUUGGGUGGUUGUACGAUUUUACAAAAAGGUUUUAAUGAUAUUAUUGCUUGUGAUGGAUAUGAUUCGAUUAUAAUCGAUACAGAAGGAUCACCUAAACGGUGUGGUGGUCAAGGAGAUAUCUUAAGUGGAUUAGUUGGUACAUGGUUAGCAUGGGGAAAACUUUAUCUUGAUAAACAAACAACAAAUCUUGAUCAAAUUAAUGGAGAAGAUGAAAAAAUCAAACAAGAAGAAAUCACAUUGAUUUCAGCAAGUCUUGGUUCUAAGAUCACUAGAACUUGUUCUAAUUUAGCAUUUGAUCAGUUUGGUAGAUCUAUGCAAACAAGUGAUAUGUUAAAUUUUAUUAAUGAAAGUUUUAAAAUCGUUUAUAAAAGUUUAUUGAAUGAUGAAAAAUUAUCUAAAAUGUAAACAAACAUGUAUUGUAUUUUUAUCAUUGAAUUAAAUGUUAUGGUUUUAGUCAUGUGGU